UGACAUGUGAAAAUUGAGUUUGCUGGUUUUAUAAUUUUUUCUUUGGCUUUUUUCUCUGGUUUCAAACAAAUCUGUUUGCUUUUAUUAAUGGAUCAUUCAAAAUUAUUAAAAAAAUUUAUCACAUCAGUAGUAUAUAUCGUUACUGUAUCCAUAUGGCUAUAUGUUAAUUUCCUUGCAUCAGAAUAUAGAUAACUGUUACAAGUACAUCUGUCUGUUUUUUACGAAGUACUUCAAGACUGGAUAAUGCUGACAUCUCUCCAAAUUAAGCUUAGUUUAAAAAAUGGAAUCUAGUUAAGCCCAUCGCGGCUCUCCCAUCAAUAGCCCAUUUGAUUCUUGAUUCCCAUACUUACAAGAAAAGCAAAGAAAUCAUAGACCAGAGCAGAGAGGAAGAUGAACUACUGAUUCCAGGUUUUCCUGAUUUUGCUUUAACUGGAGGGACUUCGUUGCCCAUUGAGUAGCCUACCACCUGUUUGUCAAAAUGAUUGAAAGAAUAUCAGCUAUGUGCAUUACAAACGAAAGAGAAAAAGCAGAGGAGAUAAGAGAGGAGCACGGAGAGAAGAGAGAUAUUGCUGAUUCUUUUUGAAUGAGACCGAAUUAAGAUUAGUUUCAACAAUGGAAUCUAAUUAAGCCCGUCAAGAGCCCAUUUGAUUCUUGACCCCCAUACUUAACAAAGCCUAGACCAGAACUGAGAGGGAGGUCUGAAAGCUCCAAAGAAGCGAAGACAGAGCAACAACACAAAGCAUACACCACUACGUAAAAUAAAGCGAGGAUGAACUACUGAAUCCGGGUUUUACUGAAUUGGUGCCAUGGUCUUUCUUGUUUGAUUCCACGUGAUUCCCUACAUUGGGUAGUUGAAUUGAUACGCAGAAAGAGAAAAGACACAGGAGGUUAGAGAGAAGCACGGGGAGAAGAGAGCUUCUGCUAAUUCUUUUUGAAUGAGCAUUUAGCAAAGAAUCAAUGUCUUAAUGAUCGUGAAUUUGUAUGUGUAUGCUUAUCAAGUGUUUACUUAAAUGUUCGAGAAUUAGUCCAUGUAUGCGAGUCUGCAGCAUGCUCGAUUUAUCAAAUUUUUUCUUUCCUCCUGGAGCAACCGUGUCUAAUCAUCCACCUUUAUAUCCUUGAUCGUUUAACACAUGGUUUAGCCUGAACACUGUCUUAGAGCUCUAUUUGUGGCUCCUCCAAUUUUGAAGAGAAUAAAAGAUGAAACAAAGAAAGCAUGUUGCAUUUGCUCCUUUGUCAACAAAGAAGAGUCCCGAUCUCUCCAACAAAGAUGAAAUUGUGCCCUCAAAACUAUGUCUAUUUAGCUCUUUGAAGAGAAUCUUUGUGGCUUGUUUGGCAAUACGAAUAGUAAAUGCCUUGUUGAUUCAGACUUAUUUCAACCCAGAUGAGCAUUGGCAAUCACUUGAAGUUGCACAUCACAUUGUAUUUGGGUAUGGGCAUUUGACAUGGGAGUGGAAAAAGGGCAUCCGCAGCUUCUUGCACCCACUGCUGUUUGCUAGUCUUUACAAAGUUCUUGCUCUUUUGGGUCUUGAUACUCCAUGGUUCAUGAUGCACUCUCCCCGGAUGCUGCAAUCCAUAUUUUCUGCUGUUGGUGAUUUAUAUUUGUUCCGACUUUCUGAUGUUCUGUUUGGUAGUACUGUUGCAAAAUGGACCCUCUUUUGUCAAUUGGCAAACUGGUUCAUUUUUUUCUGUAUCAAUCGUACAUUAUCAAAUUGUUUGGAGACUGUUCUUACGCUGGUGAGCCUAUGGUACUGGCCUUGUAUGCAAGUUUCCUCCAAAAAAGUUCCCCAGGAUUCAAGGAAGUGGGCCUUAGCUUUAGCAGCUUUAGCUUGUGCCAUUAGGCCAACAAGUGCUAUUAUAUGGUUGUAUGUUGGCUUUCUUGAGUUGCUUUCAACACAUGGAAGACUGAGGUUUAUUGCAGUAGAGGUGAUUCCUAUUGGGUUUCUGGUGCUUGGAUUAACAUGUUUGUUGGAUCGACUGAUGUAUGGCUCAUGGAUCUUAGUACCUCUUAAUUUUCUGAAGUUCAAUUUUCUUUCCUCUGGAGGAGAUUAUUAUGGAACUCAUAAAUGGCACUGGUAUUUCACCCAGGGAUUUCCGGUCAUGCUUUUUACUUUCACACCAUUCUCUAUUGCUGGCAUCAUCAAAUCUAAAAAUUGGAAGCUUUUUGGCCUUAUUACAUGGGUUUUAGGACUUUACAGUGUACUAGGCCACAAAGAAUUCAGCUUCAGGUUUGUGCUUCCAGUGCUUCCAGUAGCUUUGAUAUUCUCGGGGUUUUCACUAGCUGCUAUGGAAAAAUCUAAUUCUUCACGUCCUGGACGAAAUGGAUCUUCAAGCAGUCGCAAAUGGCCUUUAAGUCUUAGAUUUUCAGUGUUCUUCUUGCUGGCUACUAAUAUUCCGAUGGCACUAUAUAUGAGUUUGGUCCAUCAGAGGGGAACAGAGGAUGUGAUGAACUAUCUGUCAAGAGAAGCAAUUAAUGAGAAAGUAGAGAGUAUUUUUUUCCUUAUGCCCUGCCAUGCAACACCUUACUACUCCUCUCUUCAUCAGAACCUGCCUAUGCAUUUUCUGGACUGCUCCCCAAGAGAAGAGGAAGGAAUCUUAGAUGAGUCAGAUCGUUUCAUGAAGGACCCUGCUGGUUUUGUUUCAGAACUUGCAAAAAAUUGGUCUUCACCUAGUCAUAUUGUAUUAUUUGAGCCAGAAGAGAAAAAGCUGAGGGAUUUUCUAACUUCACAUUCUUUCAUACAGGUAAGAAGAUUUUUUCAUGCUCACUUCAAGGUGGAUCGCGAUCAUCAAGCAUCAGUAGUCGUUUAUGCUUCCAUGAUUGGCUAGAGACAUUCUGGCCUCUGCAGUUGGAGUUUUUGCUCCCAAGAUUUUGAUUUGUCUUAAUGAAAACAUUACUCACGGAUUGUUUUGUCAAUUUUGGCAUUUUGACAUCAGAAAAAACUUUGGUUUAGAAGUUUUAAGACUGUAUUUUGGAAUAAAUGAAGUUUAUUGUAGAAAUCUUUUAGAAA